AUGAAAGAAAAAGUUUGGUAUAUUACGGGUACAAGUACUGGUAUUGGAUUAGAUUUAAUAGAGUUAUUAUUAAACAAUGGUCAUAGAGUAUCAGCAAUAACUCGUUAUCCAGAUGAAACGGUUGACGAAUUAAAGAAAAAGAAUGUCCAAAAUUUGGAUAAACUAUUAGCAAUAAAAACAGAUAUUACAAAUGAUGAAAGUGUCAAAGAGAGUGUAAAAAAAACAGUUGAAACCUUUGGUAAAAUAGAUGUUGUGGUAAAUAACAGUGGUUAUGGAGUCAUAGGAGCUGUUGAAGAGUUAACUGCAGAAGAUAUUCAUAAUAUAUAUUCAGUAAAUGUAUUUGGUGUUUAUAAUGUGUUAAGACAUACAACUCCUCUAUUAAGAAAUCAACGUUCAGGAUUAAUUUUAAAUAUUUCAUCGAUAUUAGGCUCAACUAAUAUUGGUACUGGAAAAUAUUCAGCUUACGAGUCAACAAAACAUGCUGUUAACUCGAUCACUAUAUCAUUGCAGCUAGAGCUAAAACCAUUCAAUGUUGAUGUUGUAUUGGUGUGUCCAGGAGGUAUUCGAACAAGUUUUAUAAAUGGAAAGAACUUCACUUUACCAAAGAAUCAAAUAAAAGAAUAUGACACUCAGUUUUUAAUUAAUGCCAUCAAAGCUCGUUCACCAAACUCAACAAGUUCACCAAGUAAAGUAGUAAAUGUUCUUUAUGAACUCUCAAACACCCCAUCAGAUAAACUACCAAAACAACUCUAUUUAGGAUCUGAUGCAUAUCAAAUGAUCAAAGAAACACUAGAUGAUGAAAUUAAAGAACUUGAAAAAAACAAGCAAUUAACACUAUCUACAAACUUUGAAUAA